AUGUAUCACCGACUAUUUGUUAUAUUGAUUACCAUUGCAAGUAUUUGUACUCAAUGUCAAUCACAACGUUCAUUUACAAUUGAUUUUGAUAGAGAUACAUUUGUAAAAGAUGGAAAACCUUUUCGAUAUGUUAGUGGUUCAAUUCAUAUGUAUAGAAUGCCAAGAGAAUAUUGGACAGAUCGUCUUGAACGAAUGUGGGCUGCAGGAUUAAAUGCUAUUCAAACAUAUGUCUUUUGGGAUCAACAUGAACCUAUUGAAGGUGUUUAUAAUUUUGAAGAUAACAAUGAUCUUGUAGGAUUUAUUCAAUUAGCACAAAAGAUUGGUUUUGUUGUUAUUUUGCGUAUAGGACCAUAUGGAUGUGGUGAACAUGAAUUUGGUGGAUUUCCUUGGUGGCUUUUGCGUAAUCUUGAUAAUAUACAAUUUCGACAGAUGAAUUCUGUCUAUCUUAAUGCAGUUACUCGUUGGAUGAGUGUUCUUCUACCAAAAAUUCGACCUUUAUUAUAUAAUAAUGGUGGACCAGUUAUUUCUGUUCAGGUAGAAAAUGAAUAUGGUAGUUAUUCAGCAUGUGAUCAUAAUUAUAUGGGUUAUUUACGUGAUAUUUUUCGUCAAUAUUUAGGUGAAAAUGUCGUAUUAUUUACAGUUGAUGGUAAUGGUUUAAACUAUUUAAGAUGUGGAACAGUCAGAGGAGUAUAUACAACUAUUGACUUUGGCCCUGACACUAAUGUAAAUGAAUCAUUUAAUUAUCAACGUCAAUAUGCUCCAUGUGGUCCAUUGAUAAAUACAGAAUUUUAUCCUGGUUGGCUUGAUCUUUGGGGUCAUCAACAUUCAACAGUUUCAACGGAUAGUAUUGUUAAAACACUUGAUCAAAUGUUAUCAAUCGGAGUUAAUGUAAAUUUUUAUAUGUUUUAUGGUGGAACAAAUUUUGGUUUUACUUCAGGUGCUGAUCCUGAUUAUAAUCCACAACCAACAUCAUAUGAUUAUGAUGCACCAAUAUCAGAACCAGGUGAUAUUACUUUAAAAUAUAUGGCUAUUCGAACUAUUAUUGGUAAUUAUUUACCAUUACCAUCAACACCUGUACCAGGAAAUAAUACGAAAAAAGCAUAUGGAACUGUUCGAUUAUCAUUUAAACAAUCAUUGUUGAGUUAUAUUAAAACUCAUUCUUCAUAUUGUACAACAUCAAUGUAUCCAAAACGAUUUGAAGAACUUGGACAAAAUCAAGCAUUUGUCGUUUAUUCAACAAUAUUGAAUAAUCCAGAAGUUCAAGGAAAAGUACUUGAUUUAAGUGGAAUACGUGAUCGUGCUUAUGUAUUACUUGGCGAAAAAUCAAUUGGUAUUGCUUAUCGAGCUAAUAGUUCAUCAUUAAAAUUAACUAUUCAAGCACCUGGAAAUCGUGAAACACAUUUGAAUAUUAUUGUAGAAAAUAUGGGUCGAUUAAAUUAUGGUGAUAAUCUUCUUGAUACUAAAGGUAUCGUCAAAAAUAUUACAUUAAAUGGUCAAAUGCUUGUCAAUUGGACAAUGUGUAUAUCUGGUUCAUUAUUUGAUCAAGCUCCUACUGAUUUUAUUAUGAAUGAAUUUGAAAAUUUUGAUCCAAAUGCACCAAAUAUUUAUACUGGAGAUUUUUCAAUUACAGAUAAAAUUCCAUCGGAUACAUUUCUUCUACCAAUAACUGUUUCCAAGGGUUAUUGGGAAAAAGGUGUAGCUUAUAUGAAUAAAUAUAAUUUAGGUCGAUAUUGGCCAAUAUUAGGACCUCAAGUAACAUUAUAUAUUCCAGGUCCAUGGCUUAAUCCAUCUGGAAUGAAUUCACUUACAAUGAUUGAACUUCAAUCAUCACCAUGUGGUAAUGAACAAAUGUGUUCAAUUGAACUUGUUGAUUAUCCUAUUCUUGAUAAACCAACAUUAUUACCAGCACCAUUGUUAUACAAAUAA